AUGGGCGCUAAAACGGGGCUGGCCGGGGUUUUCACCGGGCUCCUCAUUCUGUGCACGCUUCUCUUUCUCACGCCCCUCUUCAACAACUUACCUAACACGGUUCUCGGCGCGAUCGUGAUCGCGGCGUGCAUCAAGCUGUUCGACUACUCGGAGGCGGUCCACUUGCUCCGGACCAACUUCCGGGACUUCCUCCUGUGGAUGGCGGCCUUCAUUGGGACCAUUUUCCUGGGCAUCGAAAUCGGAGUCGCAAUUGCUGUGGGCCUAUCGCUGGUGUUUGUUAUUUAUGAGUCGGCCAAUCCGCACAUGGCCAUUUUGGGACGGCUGCCGAGAACGGCCGUCUACCGAAACGUCAAGCAGUACCCGGACGCGAUCACGCAUCCAGGCAUCUUGAUCAUUCGUAUUGACGCCCCCAUGUAUUACGCCAACAUCAGUUACAUAAAAGACAAGCUGCGUCACUACCUGGUGUCGUCCCUCCAUCCCCCACAACGCUCCGAGAGCACCCCCGACCUAGAGACCGGGGCGGCGCCCUCCGACUGGCCGUUCCCCAAGACGGAAGACGAAGAGGCUACCCCGGGGGGGUCCCCCGUGCGCUACUUGAUACUGGAUAUGACGCCGGUGACAUAUGUCGAUUCAACGGCGGUGCACACGCUGAAGGACCUGCAUCAAGAGUACAGCCAGCAGGGCCUCCACCUGGCGCUGUCCAACACCAACAAGCGCGUCAUGGUCACGCUCGCGCGCACCGGCUUCCUGCAGCGCCUCGGGCCGGAGUGGCACUUUGUGCGCGCGCACGACGCCGUGCAGGUCUGCUUGUCGCACUUGCGGGCGGACGGGCUGCGGACGUCGUCCCCACCGUCCGAUCAACCAAUUGGGGACGCAGAGACUGAGGACACAGCGGAACACGAAACAGAAGCGGAACGUCGGAUAGAAGAACGGGAAAACGUUGAUGGUAUCAAUAAGGACGGUCACACUGAGUUAGGCGAGUUGCGGGACGAACGGAAAGACUAG